GCGGGGUUCAGAGCUCAGAGCGCACGCUAGUGGUGGGUGCCGGGCACGCGCCUGACCGCCCCCUCCCUUAGGGAGGGGGGCUCUCAGGGGCGCGUGCGCGGUUCCGCUGCGGCGGAGGCAGCCGCGAUGGAGGACGCUCUGACUGAACGCCAGGAAACAAAUGAAGGGGAUUCAAGCCUUGCCACCGAGUUACAGGAGGAGACAGAGGAGAAUCCUAGUCCAGCUGUGGAUGAGAGUAAUAUAGUGUCAACUAAAAAACAGGGACCAAAUUUACAUAACUGGAGUGGUGACUGGAGCUUUUGGAUUUCAAGUUCAACAUACAAAGAUAAGAAUGAGGAAUACAAAAGACAGUUCACACAUCUACCUGAUACAGAGAAGCUGAUAGCAGAUUAUGCUUGUGCUCUUCAAAGGGACAUUUUGCUUCAGGGACGACUAUACCUUUCAGAAAACUGGCUCUGUUUCUAUAGCAACAUCUUCAGAUGGGAAACUACAAUUUCUAUUGCUUUGAAGAAUAUAACCUUUAUGACCAAGGAGAAAACUGCUCGACUGAUCCCAAAUGCUAUCCAGAUCAUUACAGAUGGUGAAAAGUUUUUCUUUACAUCUUUUGGUGCCAGGGACAGAAGUUACCUCAGUAUAUUUAGGUUGUGGCAGAACGUUUUAUUAGAUAAGAGUCUGACCAGACAAGAAUUCUGGCAACUUCUCCAGCAGAACUAUGGCACUGAGCUAGGUUUAAAUGCUGAAGAGAUGGAAAACUUGUCACUAUCGAUUGAAGAUAAUGAGCAGCCAAGCAGUCCCAGAAGAAGUGGUGUGGAUGAUUCUGGGGAAAGAGAUGAAAAAUUAUCCAAGUCUAUCAGUUUUACCCGUGAAUCAAUUCAUCAAGUUUCAGAAACAGAGUCAUUGGAUGGAAAUUCAUCAAAAGGAGCAUUAGGGAAAGAGGAGCCUGAAAGUGAGAAACAGAUCCCAAAGAGUCCUUUACUAACUUCAGAAAAGAGGUUAAGUAGAAUGUCAUCAAAAUCGCUGGAUUUGAAUAAAAAUGAAUAUCUUUCUCUGGAAAAAAGCAGCACUUCAGAUUCUGUUGAUGAAGAAGAUUUUCCUGAGAAAGAUCUUCGAGGAAGACUUUAUAUCAAUCGAGUUUUUCAUAUCAGUGCUGAGAGGAUGUUUGAAUUGCUCUUCACUAGUUCACGCUUUAUGCAGAGAUUUUCCAGUUCUAGAAAUAUAAUAGAUGUAGUGUCUACUCCUUGGACUGUAGAAUCUGGAGGUGAUCAACUGAGAAACAUGACCUACACUAUAGUCCUUAAUAAUCCACUUACUAGAAAGUGCACUGCUGCCACUGAAAAGCAGACACUGUAUAAAGAAAGUCGAGAAGCACAAUUUUAUUUAAUAGAUUCAGAAGUACUGACACAUGAUGUCCCCUACCAUGAUUACUUCUAUACACUGAACAGAUACUGUAUCAUCCCAUCUUCAAAACAGAAAUGCAGGCUAAGAGUUUCCACAGAUUUGAAAUACAGAAAACAACCAUGGGGACUUGUCAAAUCUUUAAUUGAAAAGAAUUCCUGGAGUUCAUUGGAGCAGUAUUUUAAACAGCUUGAAUCAGAUUUGUUAAUGGAAGAAUCUUCGUUAAAUCAAUCUAUUGAAGACCCUGGAAAACUUAGCUGCCUGCGGAGGAGAAGGCGAACUUUCAACCGAACAGCAGAAACAGUUCCUAAGCUUUCUUCUCAGCAUUCUUCUGGAGAUAUGGGCUUAGAGACCAAAGGGGAUGUUACAGGAAAGAAAAUGAACACCUGUAACACUGCUCUUAUUGUGGUGAUGAGUAUUUUUUUGCUGUUGCUAGUUUUGUUGAAUGUGACACUGUUUCUGAAGCUGUCAAAGGUAGAAUAUGCUGCUCAGUCCUUUUACCGUCUCCACCUCCGAGAAGAGAAAUCUUUAAAUCUAGCCUCUGAUAUUGUCUCAAGAACUGAAAACAUUAAAAAGAACAAAGAUCAGGCUCAUCAUUUAAAAGGAGUACUCCGAGAUUCCAUAGUGAUGCUUGAACAGCUGAAGAGCUCACUCAUUAUGCUUCAGAAAACCUUCGAUCUACUAAAUAAGAACAAAACUGGCAUGGCCGUCAAAAGCUAGUGAUCUAUGGAUUGAAACUGUAGAAAUACUUGGAACUAAUAGAAAACCUUGGGAAGAAAGUCAGAGGAUGAAGGAUUUUCAUUGUCAUAUGAACAUUUCCACGUUUUCAUAUUAUUUGGAUUCCUAAUAUGAAAUUCUUUUUAAUAACAUUUAUUUGAUAAUAAUUAUUCUCUGAUGGCCUUAUAAAUUUAUCCUUUCAUUUCCUAAAACAUGUUUUUAAGCUGUGAACUUCUUCAGUGAACCAUGAAAUAUAUUCUGGAAUUGAAAUGCUGUGAUUAAAAAAAAAAAGAAAAGCAGACACUCUGAAUUGAAUGGUACAGCCUCUUUUCUACACUGAGGCUUGGAAGUUUGAUGCUUUAAAUUUAUCUGUUAGCACAGAACCAAUAAGCGUCCAGUAGACUGCUUUCACAGUUGAGAUAAGCUUAAGAGACUAAAGAAGAUAAUAUAAGAAACCUCUAAAUUAUUACUAAUAUUAAAGGAUCAGUUUUCAGGCAUACAGGACAUUUCUGAUUUUGUGUAAAAUAUUACAAUAUCUCCAUUUAUUUGGCAUGCAAAUUCAGUGGUCAAACCUUUGAAUCUGCAUGUUGAUGGUUAUUAUCAGAAAGCUUCCUUAGCCAUGUUGUAUCUUUAUGAAAGAGUUAUUUUUUAUUAAGGUAGCAGAGGUGAGAUUAUCUUGCCUCUUUAUGCAUCAAAUGGCAUAAGAGGCAAUUUAGGAAAAGGAAAUAUGUAGGACACAAAUGCUCAAAAUGAAGAGCCAUCCCCUGGGUUUAAAAAACCAGAUGAUGUUAAAAUCUGGGCAUUUAAUGACAGAUCAAAUGCAUACUUGAACUAAGCUUGGGUUCAGCUUAGCAGUCUUUCAUGGAGGAAGUGACUUGUCUGGUUGAAAAUAAUCUGUGUAUUACCUACCAUUCAGUAGCCACUUAUGGCUUUUGUGUGUUUGGUAGUGGGAGGGUAAGUUAGUUGGUAAGUUAUAAACCAGACACAAAAUUUAGCUCUUUAAUAAAAUACUUCUGGAGCAUUUAUGUCCCAAUACAACUUAACUGAUUGAAGCUGUUAGACAAUCUUGGGCUCUUCCAUAAAAAGUUUUUAGGCAUUUAUGUCAAUACAAGUAAUUUGUGAAAAUAAGGACUUCUUGAGUUUACUUGAAAUCAGACAUUUUUCCAGGAGGUAGGAAAAGUUUGGGAAGUCAUUUGACAAUAUUUUGAUGAUUGCUUUAAAACAUAUACUUUAAUAACAUACCUCAAAGAAGAUUACCAAAGUUGCUUUAUAAAUUAAGACUAUAAAGUCAAAAUUUAAUUCAUAAAAUUUGAACCUGCUAUGUAAACUGAAAAUAAAUAAAACCUGAAAUGUCUGAGU